AUGGCAAUGGGUGAUGGGGCUAAAAUAACCUGGUCCAUUGGGUCUCCUGACGAAAAUGGUCCUGUGGGAAUGGAUGGUCAGGCUGGGUUACCUGGGUCUACUGGACCCUCUGGGAAUUCAGAACAAGGGGAUGGGAACAUGGGAAUGACCGGCGCUGCAGCUGUAGCUGCGUCUGGGCCUCAGGAAUCGGUCAGCCGAAAAGACCAACUGCCCCAGAAUGCAGGUAAAGAGUUUGGUUAUACGAAGUGGCGCGGAAUCUACUACAAGGCGUUCAACACACACCAAAAAAGCUUCAGCGACGCGGCGGCGACCUGCCGUGAAGACGGCGGCACCCUCGCCAUGCCCCGAGACUACGACACCGACUCUUUCCUCAUCUCCUUGACGGUGCUCCGCUCGGCCACGGCCCAGCAUCCUCAGUCGUCCUGGUUUGGCUUGAAACGUCGAUACCGUGGAAGCUCCGAAUUCGAGUGGGUUGAUGGCACCCCUCUACGCGGGGGGUACACCGGGUGGCGUCCCAACGAGCCGAAUAACGCUAAUGACAACGAGGACUGCGUCCACUACUCGGGUGAUGCAGAUAGGGAUGGAACACUUAAAGUUGAUGCGAUCAAAUGGAACGAUUAUGAGUGCCAGCGCCUGAAAUUCUUCAUCUGCCAAGUCCUUCCAUGA